AGAUCGAUGCGACGACCCUAAAAAAGUGAUGCCCAAAGCCAAUGGCACAAAGAUCGAACGUCCUCUUCAAGGUGCCUUUCGCGCCGCAAGUCUCAGUGCGGCAGCCCGUCGGCAAAAUGAGGCGUUUGCCACCAACUUCAGCAUGGCUGGUGCCUCGUGUGAGGGGCGACCAGGCGCUUCCCAUCUGCCGAAGCUACGGGAGAUGACGCCGCCCGAGGUCAUAAAGGUGGAGCAGAUCUCUGAACGCCUGGCCGAAGUGAAACGUAGUUAUCAUGCGUUUGGUGAGGAACCUGAGGAGGAACCACAGAAAGCACCUAUGAAGUCCAGGAGACGUAGUGACAUGGCCAGCUGUGAGAUGGACGAGCGGACACAACGGCUGGCACUCAGACAGUUCGAAGAGAUUGACGCGGGCCGACUAGACCCUCAAAGUGUGUUUUCCAGGAUUUCAGGUGCCGACAAGCGGGUGAAGGUGAAACUGCACUAUUUCAGAGAUCGUUCAGACCUUGUACUACCUGUGAUUGAAGACCGUUACAUCAUGCAUGACCCGAAGAGGGAUUGCUUUUUGGUGGACCUUUCCCUUUUGCAGAGUGAGUGCAGCUCCCUAUCUGCUCGCACACCCAGAAAGCACGUGAGCUCAACUGGCAGGUUGGAUGAAGAUGACAUGUCUUUUGUGCCUGAGGCAGAUCAUGUUGGAGCAUCUCACGCCCAAGCAGUGGAGCUUUCUGUAGAACCCAGUUCACACCAAGCUGUCUCGAGGUUUGAUUCUCAAAGAACCCGCCCUUCUGAACGUAGUGUUCAGACUGCAGAGCAGAGGGCACUACGUUUGAUAAGAGCUGCCAGGAUCAGAGAUGAACGCAUCUCCAUAUGCCAGCAUAAUGUCAGAAAUGCCGAGCUGGAGUGGCGGUUAAAUCACUUGCAGAUGUCUCAACAGAGAGACCGCCGAAAGCAGUUGGCUUCAGCACAGCGCAUUUUGUUUUCUUGGGUGGUGGUGGCUUCUGCAACCCAGUUUAUGCAGACUGAGUUGCUCAAGAGCCGGUGGCUCAAAGCUGCAAGAUCUCACAACUUUGGCGAUCACUACGCCACUCGGUCCAGGGCACACUGGCAGCGAGCCAAGAACCUGGUUCAUAAGAGUGUGCUGGAGAGCAGCAAGAACAUGCGCGAUUUCCGAAAAGUUUUACAUCUUCGGGCGACCAGAAGCAAAGCUGCCUGGCAGCGAUGGGAUCAUUUGAUGCGGAUCAUUAAGUUCAUAACUCGGUUGAGGGUGCGGUUCAAAUUCAACCGAUAUGCUGAUGCCAUCAAGCAGUUCAUUGAGAGCUCCUGGCGUGGGAUGCGAUUUCGCUCCAAAGUGGGUGUGUACUUGGCCAAUGUUCGAGUUCUGCAACGUGCUGUCCGCGCUGCACAUCGAUUCCGACAAAACGUGAAACUUUACAUUUUUGCUCCCACGCUCUGGGAAUUGGAGACACAAUUGCUCGGACAAAAACUGAAAGCGCACCUUCCGAAAGACUACACGAAGCAGAAGGUCCAGCAGCAUCGCCAAGCCUGGGAUUGGGAAGGUCGUGUUCGAGCACUUCAAGAAAUGUCCAAGGAGAGGAAAAUCAAAGGAGUCAAAGGUCCAAUGGAUGAGACUCGCAGACAAAACAUGCUGGCGAAGGCCAAGGCCCGCAGCGGCGAACGCCGCCGCCGAGGUGGGGUUCGCAUUGGGAUGUACAACGAGCGCCACGUGAUCUUCUCGGAGCUUGGGGAAGCCAUCUCUGGAACUGCUGCUGAUAGAAAGCAACAGCAGGCAUGGAAGGUGGCAAACAAUGUCCUUGACCAUUACCGCCUGGAUGCAGAGACAAGGAAGAGUGUGGUUAAGAACUCCUUUCAUCAUGCCUUAGAACGUUGGAAGAUUGCUCAUGUCGCCUUCAAGAAGGAGCAGAAGCGCUUGAACGUGCUUUGGCAACAGUGGCGACUGGAGAUUCAAGCACUUGGAAAGAUGCAAAAAGAGCACUGGCCCAAACCGCCGCCUUAUGUGGAGCCACCAACAGAGCUUUUCAAGGUUGAUACAAAAAUGGCGACUCGCGGUACUUGUAGAAGCUAUGUCGAUCAGCUCCCUUGCCACAACUCUCUACACGCUGAUGUGCAUGCUCCCCUUUGUGUAGAGGCGAACCUAUUCUCGCCACUGCAGAUUCGACGGAAGAUGACAUCACUGAUAAUCUCUGGCCUUGCGCAGACAGCUUUGGGUCGCAGCCUUUUUGCCCGGGACUUCCGUGAUAUGAGAAACCUAUCCUUGUGAAGCAAAUUCAACCAGGAAAGAUAAGGCAAACUUGCCAUGGAAAUGUGGCCAAAGAAGUGUUUGAACACAGCAUCAAUUGGUGCUCACGAUUGGUGCUCAGGGCGUCAUGUUUUGAGGCCCGUUAACGGUCGUAUUUUUUGUCAUGAGAUUUGCAGAAAAAGUGCAGAUCGCACGACAAUCCCUGAGCAGCUGCUGUUUCCAAGUUUCAGCACUUCUCAGAUGUGUAUGGACAUAUUGUCCUGAGCAAACGUACGUUAUUGGCAUUGGCUGUACAGGUCGCCUUUUUGCAUGGCAUGCAAUGCUCCAUGCUUUACAACCAGGGGUGCGCACAA